UUUGUCCACUGUCUGUUCCCAUGGAAGAUGUUCAACAGAAACACAAGGAGACUCUGCGGGCACAAACUCAAACACUGAGAGUGAACACGAUCCUGAUGAGGGAGAAGGUGAAGGUUUUCCAGCUGGUUGAUCGAUACGCUGAGCUCACAGUCAUAUCUACUGUUCGAGAUCGGAGACUGGUGGAACAUGAGCUGCUGGCAAGAGGCAGAGACCACGAGGAGUGGAGAGUGAAACAUCUCCGCAGAGAGCUGGAGAAACUCCGGACAGAUCGGUUGUUCCAGAGCAGCUUUUCCCGGAGUAAAUUCAAAUCUGGGAGUUCAGCAGCAGUGGCCGGAGUCGCGGGGAUUGGGAAAACAACAAUGGUACAAAAGAUUGUCUAUGACUGGGCCAUUGGGAAAAUAUACCAACAAUUCCAGUUUGUCUUUAGUUUCAAAUUCCGGGAUUUAAACUCCAUUAACUGCAGAAUAAACCUGACAGAACUGAUUCUGGAUCAGUAUCCUUACUUUGGGAAUAUCCUGAGAGAGGUCUGGAAGAACCCAGAGGGAUUGCUGUUUAUAUUCGAUGGUUUGGAUGAAUUCAAACACAAAAUCGAUUUUGCUGACAGUCGGAGAGAUACAGAACCCAAGCACCAGUGCCCAGAUCCCGAGUGGUGGUGUGAAGUGUCUGACAUUGUGUACAGUUUAAUCCAGGGCAAGCUGCUCCCAGGGUGUUCAGUGCUGGUGACCACCCGUCCCACUGCGUUACAUUUAUUGGAAAAGGCAACGAUCAGUGUCUGGGCUGAAAUCCUGGGAUUUGUUGGUGAGGAACGGAAGGAGUAUUUCAUCAGGUAUUUUGAAGAUCAGACGGUGGCAGCAGCUGUUUUCAAACACGUGAAGGAGAACGAGAUCCUGUACACCAUGAGCUACAACCCCUCCUACUGCUGGAUCCUCGCUCUGGCACUGGGCCCCUUCUUCACACAAAGAGUCAGGGACCCGCAGCGAGUUCCCAAGACCAUCACCCAACUGUACUCCUACUAUAUUUACAACAUCCUGAAAAACCACGGCCGUGAGAUUGAGAACCCCCGUGAUAUGUUACUCAGUGUUGGUCAGAUGGCCUUCAGAGGAGUGUCCGAGAAGAAGAUUGUGUUUACAGAUGGAGAUUUAAUCAACUACAAUCUGCAGCCUUCCCAAUUCCUGUCCAGGUUCCUGAUGGAGCUUUUGGAGAGAGAGGAUUCUGCCCGGUGUGUGGUGUACACAUUCCCACACCUCACCAUCCAAGAGUUUGUAGCUGCAGUCGCACAAUUCCUGAAUCCACAUCCCGGGGAUAUCCUGAAAUUCCUCACUGAGGCCCACAGCACGACAGAUUGGCGAUUUGAGGUAUUUCUCCGCUUUGUUGCUGGUCUCUCCUCCCCAAUUACAGCUCGUGGUCUGGAGGAGUUUCUGGGUCCAUUUCCUCAUCAAACAACCUGCCGGGUGAUUGACUGGGUGAAGGAGGAGGUUAAACGCCAAAGUGGAAACACAAGCGAGGCUGGUAAAAGGAGCCUCCUGAACACAUUGCACUACCUGUUUGAGUCUCAGAAUCGUGGACUGGCUCAGGUCGCACUGGGAUCUGUGGAAACACUUUCAUUCAGUGGAAUGACACUGACCCCGAUUGACUGCGCGGUCCUGUCUCAUGUCAUCGGACUCUGUGAUAGAAUAAAACACCUCGACCUGGAGAACUGCCACAUUCAGUGUGAAGGAAUCCAGCGGCUGGGACCCGGGCUGCACAAGUGCCAGGAGUUGAGACUUGGGGAGAAUGAACUGGGAGAUUCAGGAGUGAAACUGGUGUCUGCGGCUCUGAGGAACCUGGAGUGUAAAAUACAGACACUGGGUUUGGACAAAGUCGGUCUCACAGAUUCUGGUGCCGAGGAUCUCGUCUCCGCUCUCAGUUCAAACACAUCACUGACGGAGCUGAACCUGGGUUUUAAUAAACUGGGAGAUUCAGGAGUGAAAAUGGUUUCUGCGGCUCUGAGGAACCCGGAGUGUAAAAUACAGAAACUGUGGCUGAUCGGUGUCGGUCUCACAGAUUCUGGUGUCAAGGAUCUCGUCUCCGCUCUCAGUACAAACCCAUCACUGACGGAGCUGAGCCUGGGAUUAAACUCGCUGACAGACCGAUCUGUCCCCGCUCUCCGCCGCCUCAUACUGACCCUCCCGAGUCUGGAGCGGAUCCGGCUGGGGAACAAUCAGUUCAGUGAGACCGGGAUGAAGGAACUGAGAUCUCUGCAGGAACCCAGACCCGGACUGACAGUGACCGUUGGAACAUCUGAAUGUGAACAUCCCCGCCCGCAGGAUGGGGACAUUUUGGCCGAUUCCCUGCCCUCCCCUUUAACUCCCGCCCUUACCUUUAAUGGCCGCGAGCCGGCUUUAAUUCCCAACGUUUCUGACGGAGCUGACUCCCGUUCAGCGCUCUGUGACUUCGGAAGCGGUCCCCCAGUGAUGUAUUUCCGCCUGUUGUCCAACGGCGCAGCUUCCGCCGGAUGUGCGUGUUCGAGACUCCCCCACGUGAGAUCCCGGGGAAUUACACGGACAGAAAGAUCCCGGGGGCCGGGGCUCAGUCUGGGACACCGGUGUCCCGGGGUCGGAUUAUCCCGGGAGAGAAUCCUUUUGCUCCCUUUGCUGAGGACGGUGCAUUCGGCAGUCUGGCCGAUAUAAUGAUGUUAAAUUGACAAAUACCUCGGCAGUGACCCUGGAUCUGCAGCGAUCUCGGACACGGCCCUGAAGUGUGAUUUUAUAAUCAUCGGUUCCCCGAUGCAGAGUGACGGUGAGAAACGGGACUGAUUAUUCAACCGUUCACCGUUGUCGCCGGUCAGUUAAUUGUGUGUGACUGUGAGUGAGUCGGAAGCAGUUUAUUUAUUCCCGCACGUCAGCAGCUCACACAUUGUUUAAUUUACAUUUGUCAUGAUGAAAUCAAUAAACCGCUGUAACUUCCUGUCUUGGUGUCGGACUCGAGUCUCAUUAGAGGAGAAACAGUGACGUGGGGUUACUGCUGCCCCCCGCACCCGGUGUACUGCAAUAAUGGGUCUGAGCUCCUCACACUGGUACAGCAGCCUCUCAGCUCCAAGCUCAGGGAUGUCAGUAAAAUAGUGUCUG